AUGGAGGUUUUACCCGCGGUCGCUGCCUGGGCGGCGAGCUACGUCUAUCGCUUCCCCUCGGUGGCAGAAAACGCCUUCGGCCAGCGCUCCUGUUCGCGCGCCGCCAUCGAUGUGCAGGAAUUAGCUAGCCGACUUUCUUCCAAAGCACAAGUGCUCGUGGCCGGUGACAAGGGCUUUGACGAAACAUCGCGCGGAUGGAACAUUUUUGAUCAGCCCAAGCCUGGUGUUAUCGUGAUUCCAGGCGCAGCGCUAGAUGUGGCGGCGACGGUCAAAUAUGCAAAUGAGUACAGCACGCCGUUUUUGGCCGUCGGGGGCCAGCAUGGAGCUACCAGUACGCUCGGCAAGCUUCAGGGCGGCAUCGAAAUCGCCAUGAGCAGCCUGAGCAGCGUUGAGCUGUCCAAGGACGGCCAGACGGCCAAGGUCGGCGGCGGUACGCUCUCCAAGGCAGUCAUUGACGCUCUGUGGCAAUCUGGCAAGCAAACUGUCACUGGCACCUGCGAGUGCACCAGCCUGCUCGGACCCGGUCUGGGCGGCGGCCACGGCUGGUUGCAGGGCCAUUACGGCCUCAUUUCCGACCAGUUCGUGUCUAUGGACGUUGUAUUGGCCGACGGUAGCGAGCGUAUUGUCGACGCACAAUCCGACCCGGAUCUGUGGUGGGCGCUGCGUGGUGCCGGCCACAACUUUGCCAUUGUCACGUCGGUCACCCUCAAGGUUUACGACAUUCAGCACCGCGACUGGGCACGUGAGAAGAUGAUCUUUACAGGCGACAAGGUAGAGGAGGUCUACCAGACUAUGCACGACAGCAUCUUCAAAGACGGCAAGCAGGACAUCGACGUCGUCGUGUGGUCGUACAUGCUGCUCGUCCCCGAAAUUGAUCGUGAGAACCCUGUCAUCAUCGUAUACCUCUUACAAGAAGGCGUCAAAGCUGUGGAUGUCAAGCAUUCCGCCGCGCUAAAGAAGCUCGGCCCUGUCCGCGUCGAGGACACACCCGGCACGUACCUGGACCUCGCAGCGUGGACAAUGAUCUCCAUGGCCGAUGCACCCUGCCAGAAGCUCGGUGCCAGCAACCUGCGCUACCCGCUGUAUCUCGACACAUACAACAUAGGCGCCGUCAAGCAAGCCUACGAUAUGUUUGCGGAUGCGCUCCGUAGCCGGCCCGAAUUUGCGCAUUCCAUCUUUAUGUUUGAAAACUACCCCGUGCAAGGACUCCGCGAAUCAGAGAGCAAGAACAGCGCGUUUGCCUUUCGCAACGAUAGCGUUCUCUUGGCGCCACUCAUUAACUUUCCGUCAGAUGAUAAAGAUCUGGCUGAGAUGGCUGUCAUGUUGGGCGAGGCGUUGCGCAACACACUACACAAGGCGUCGGGACGCGAUACAAUGCACACGUAUGUGAAUUAUGCGUUUCGGGAUAGUAGUGAGGAAAUGUACGGCGCGGAGGCGUGGCGCCAGGAAAAGCUGGCCGGGCUGAAGGCAAAGUAUGACCCGCACAGGCGCUUCACCUUUUACAACCCUGUGGUCUAA